AUGGAGCACUUAUAUAAAAAUGGCAGUGUUAAUAUUCAUUUACAACGAUUAAUAAGAAAACAAUCAUAUUAUGAAAUUGGUUAUUCAAUUGAUCGUAUUCAAGUUGGAAUGAAAAAACCGACUGAUGAUGAAAAUAACUUUGAAGAUAAUGAUGGUAUGAAAGCGAAAAAAAUUAAAUUUCUAUUGUCCAUGUCGGAUAUUGAUGAUCAUAAACGCCAACUAACAUUUUGCUACGCUGAUGUGCAACAAAAUUUAAUUUCAAAGAAAACUUUAAUCAAUGGACAAUUGAAAUUAUUAGAAAUACUUGACAAUAUCUAUCACAUGUUAAAUAAGUUAGAAUUAGAUGGUCAUCCUGAUUAUCAAUUAAGAGAUGAGCAUUACAAAAUAGAUCUUCAAGAAGUUCAAGCUGCAUUUAUGUCAACUGAUUCACAAGAUCAUCAAACUGCUCAACUAGAAAACGGUAUCCGUAUUCGAAUUCAAAGUUUAGAAUUAAUAAAUAGUACUUUGAAAACUGCCUAUGAUAUUUGGAUACAAAAUUUGAAGAAAUAUCGUCAACUAUGUUCAUUAUUGAAAUUAUUUUCUAAUCGUGAAAUUAUGAUUUUAAUUAUUUUACUUCGAACUGCCAAUGAACCAAAGUCUACUCGAAAUCAAUUUUUCAAAAAUUUAUUCGAACUUGAAGAUUUAAAUAAUCAAAAUGAGAACGAACAAAAAUUAACAAUCCAUUUUCUUGCGCAUUAUAUUCGUUCAUUAAGAAUUUCAGAAGUAAAUUUAACAAACGAUCAUCUUCUUCAACUUUAUCAAAAAUACCGCAUCGAAGCCAAGUCAAAUACAGAUCUAUGUUUAAAAAAAUUAGCAGGAUUCCUUCAAAGCCUACUUGAAAAUAAAAGAGAACUAUUUCAACCAGGACAAGAACAGCAUGAAAAUCAACAAUUUCUUGUCAACAUCAAUCGUCCUCCACCGUCUAUAAAUCAGAAAUCUUUUGCACAUGAUUUUGAUCUUGAUACCUGUUGUGUUCUUUUGAAUAUUUUUCAAAAUCAGUUGCCAGCUUCCUAUCAAAUUCUGUGGUGUUCAAAUACUACUGAACAAGAUAUUCAUUUAUUUUUUUCUCGUAUACGUACAUUUACUUCACUUACUUUCGCAAUCUUGGAUAUUGAUAAAAUGCAUCAUCGUCUCCGGGAAAUACUUUUAAUUGAACAAGAUUUAUUGACUCGUGAACAAGGUGUACAUGGCCUGGUAUUCUAUUUCUCAUGUGAAUUAACAACUGCUCGAAAAGGUCUCAGAGAAUUUCAUAUACCAGCUAAAUAUAAAGAUACUAAUCAAAGUUAUCAACAUUUAAUGAAUCUAUUUAACCAACAGCAUAUUUCACCACCAAAUAUUCAAAGCAUCUAUGGUAAAGCGGGUAUUGGUAAAACUCAUCGCAUCAACAAGGAAUAUAAAACUGGUGAUACGUCAUGUUUUAGCAUAAAUGAUAAAUUAAAUCUUUCACUAUUAAUUAGUUCAUUUCUUUCAUUUAAUUCAAAUGUUAGUAACCAUAGUCCAUCGAUCUUUUUCAAUAUAUCUGUUCAUGCACCAUUCGAGUUAUUAAAUCGAACUUUGUUUUCUCUUUUCAUUUGUGGAUCUUUAAUUGAUCCAAGCAGUGGUCUCAUAUUUUCAUUACCAUAUACUGAAGCAUGGAAAUUUAUUAUUGAAGUUCCUUAUUCGGAUCUUUCUCAAGUCAGUGUUCUAGAAAAUUUCAAUCAAAUUUUACCGAUUCUUUCGAUUAUAUCUCCAUUAACAUUAGAAGAAGUUACUGACGAAAAUUAUAAAUUAUCUAUUAAUGAAGAAGAAGAACUUGUAGCACGAUUCUUGAAAGCAUUUCACAAUGGAACAAUCGAUCGUAUGGUAGAAAGAACAAAAAUUGGUGAAGAUAUACCAGUUAGUUUCGAACCAUUAACAGACACUAAUGAAAGUCGUUUAUGGAUAGCCGACUGCAUUGAAAAAUAUGCUCCAAAUUUACCAAGAAACAAAAUCUAUCAACUUUCAUUUACGAAAUUUUUAUAUCGUCGCUCAUGUUUUUUUAAAGGACAUUACUAUUGUUGGAAUCAAUGUAUUAAACGAUUAGGUAGUAUUGCUAUGCAGCAAAUGAUUAAUGAAGCAAUAUCUUUAACAAGUGUUAGCUUUCAAGAAAAUAAUUAUCCUCGUAUUUAUCUUGUUUAUGAUCCUGGAUUUUCGUUACAUUUAUUACAUAAUAAUUGGAAUCUUGUUCCAAACGAUUUAAAAAGUCUUUUUCAAAAUGGUGAUCCAUUAAAAUUAAUAGACUAUCAAAAAAAGGAUUAUUUUGCUGAAUGUUUAUCAUGGUUAAUCGAUAUUAAAUAUGAAACAUUUAUGAAUAUCAUUAAUGAAACAAAAUUUAUUCUAACAGAAAAUUUUGCUUAUAAACUUUUUCAUUUACAUGAAAGAAAAUUAACAAAAUUAGCUUUAAUUAUUGAAGGUGACACUGGUGUUGGAAAGACAUUUCUUUUAAAAUUCUAUUCCCUGUUAUUAAAUUCGAAGAACAAACGAAAUGCUCGUGAGGGAAAUAUUUUCCCGAAAAUUCUAGAAAAUUCAAAUGAAUUUCUUCUAAAUAUUAUUGAAAAAAUGUUUGAACCACAACCGAAUGUUUUGAAUACAUUUAUUCAACAGAUUAAAUCAAUAAUUGUAAAUCCAGAAAAUAAUGAGGAAGAUGAAACGGAACUUCUUAAUCAACGGCCAAUCUUAUUACCUAUUCUACCUGUUACAGGACAACCAGCACAAAAGAAUGCAGCAAUGGAUGAUGUUGUUUUCAGAGAUAUGAAGCAGUCAUUAAAAAAUCAUCAAUUAAAGAAAACUAUUUUAUAUCACUUGUGGAGAACGGUUAUAAGCGUUUCAGCUGCAAAUACUACAGUUGCACAGGAAAAUUUGAUGAAAAAUUUAUACGAUUAUGUUACUAAUGAAUUAGUUAAUUACCCAUUGAUUAGUAGUAGUUGCCGAUUACAAGAAUUACUUCAACAUACUUCAACAGGUGCUGAAACAUCCAUUGAAAUAUUCAAAGAAUAUUUAUUUCAUAGUCAAACAAAACCUAUAUUCUAUCGACUUCUGUUACAUCCUGGCGUUAGUGAAGAACAACUAGUUGAGUUUAUGGCUCCGAUUUCUCAAUUAGCACGCGACUUAACAGAUAUAGAAAUAGUUGUCUUCUUUGACGAAGUCAAUACGGCUUCAUGUCUUGGUUUAUUCAAAGAGAUGUUCAUGGAUGGCACAUUACGUGGUAAAAGCAUUCCAAAAAAUAUAUUCUUCACAGCUGCUAUUAAUCCAUAUAUAAAAAUUGAAGAGAAUGCAGAACAAGUUCAUCGCACUGAUUAUAUUGUUCAUGAAUUACCGGAAUCAUUAAAAUAUUUAACAGUCUCUUAUGGAGCUUUAGAAUCUAAAACAUUAGCUGAUUAUAUUGUACGAAAAAUAGCUAUGUUUCAAGUUAAUUCAUCGGUAAACAAUGAUAAAACGAUGCCAUUAGAACGUUAUGCUCAAAAAACAUUAUCUAAUGCAAUUUUGACAGCACAAGAAUUUUGUGAAAGACAUCUUGGACAUAAUUCUGUCUCGCAACGAGAAAUUCAACGAUGUUUUAGUCUGAUCAAUUUCUUUUGGACAUUGCGAUAUGAUCACGAACUUCACUUGGACAGAGUACAAAAUGCUCCUAAUCCUAUUCGAUGUAUUGCUCUAUCCAUUGCUUUAACGUAUUAUUUUCGACUUCCAACAAAAGAAGAUAAUUUACAACGUAACGAUAAAAAAUCGCCAUCACGAGAACAAUUAGCUGAACUACUUUGUGAAGCUAUACCUAAUUUUGAUUAUAUUGUUCAAAGGGAAUUAGAACUAUUUGUAAAUACUAAUAAUUUUGUUAUUCCACGAGGUGUAGCAAUAAAUCAAGCUGUUCGCGAACAUAUUUUCUCUAUUGUUGUUAGUAUUGUUACACGAACAGCUUUAUGUAUCAUUGGUGUUCCUGGUCAAUCGAAAACAUUAUCUUUUCAAAUCGUUCUUCAAAAUCUUCAAGGUGCACAGUUAUCAGCAAAACCAUUUUGUAAACGACUUCCAGCUGUUGAUCCAUUCUUUUGUCUUGGAUCAAAAUAUAGUCGUUCAGAAGAUAUUGCUUUUAUUUUCGAUCGUGCUAUCAAACGUGAACAACAAUAUGAACAAAAUCGUAUGAAUACACGAUGUGUCGUUUUCUUGGAUGAAGCAUCGUUACCAGAUGAAAAUAAGAUGGUUUUAAAAGUAUUACAUCCUUAUUUAGACGAAUGUAAAGUAGCAUUCGUUGCUGUUGCCAACAAAGCAUUUGAUGCCGCCAAUGCUAAUCGAAUGAUUUGUAUUUAUCGUUCGUUACCAUCGGAAGAUGAUCAGAAAAUAUUAGCCUAUGGUUGUUUAGGUUUACAAUUAGAACGACAACAAUCAAUACCAGAUGAUCGCCUUGAUAGAGUUAUUUAUGGUUUAUGUCAAGGUUAUCGACGAGUUCUUCGUUCACCAGAUAUACCGCAUAUAUUUCAUGAUCGGGAUUUUAUUUAUAUGCUCAGAGAAUUGAGGUUUGAGUUGAUGAAUUUCAAUGAAGUUGAAGAAACCAUUAUCAAAGAAAUAACGCCAAGAAGUUUAUUAAGAGCAUUAGAAGAUAAUUUUAAUGGAGUUCGACCAGAAGAAUUUGAUAAAUUAGUCGAUCAAUUUGCUACUGCUGUUGGAGAACAAUGUCCUGAAUUUCAAUCACUACUUACCGAAAAGCAACAAUUUCAACGUAAUAUUCCAACAAUAUUACGCAAUUCGAUGAAAUUAGCUCCAGUACGUCGUCGUCUUUAUGGUAGAUAUAAAUUAAUUAUUGAUGAAUCUGAGGAUGAAAGUGCUGUUCGUCUUCUCUUUCAAGCUGGUAUUCUCAAUUCUGAUCCAAGUCAAACUGCAAUUUUUCGUAUGUCCGAUUUUCCUGAUGAUAUCGAUAAUGAAUUACGAAAUGUUGAAAUCUUAUCAAAUAUUAAAUUAUGUAUGGAAACAGGAAAAACUAUCUUAAUGAUAAAUACAGGUCGUAUUCAUGAUUCACUCUAUGAUGUUUUUAAUCAGAAUUUUUCCAUUAUGUCUACUGAAGAUAGUAGAAAGAUCUUUUCUAAAGUAGCUAUUGGUCCGAAAACAAUCGAUGUUGUUGUACAUGAAGAUUUUCAAUGUAUCGUUCAUAUAAAACGAAGUGAAUUUAAAGAUAUUCCGGCACCAUUUUUAAGUCGUUUUCAAAAAUAUUCUUUUAGUGUAUCGAACUUUUAUUCUCUUCAAUUAAGAGAUAUUCCCAGUGAAGAACAAAAACUAAUGAAGGAGGUAGAAACGAAAGCUCAAUCAUUUAUUAAUCACUUUGGAAAAGAAUAUUUCUAUGGAUUUAAUCACGAAACAUUGUAUUCAUGUCUUUUAUCAUUAAUUAAAAGAAAUGCUCAAGACGAACUUUAUCUAUCAAAUAUUCAUGAAAAUUAUAAUCAACUAACAAUUCAAUCGAAAUCAUUCAUUGAACAAGAUAUAAAUGAUAAAAAACAAUGCUUUCUUUUUUACAUUAUAUCGAAACUUUUACAAUUAGCUUCUCCUGAAUCAAUGAUUUUUAAAUUACCAACAUUUGAAGAAAGUACAACUCGAUUAUUGUGUCAACAUUAUUUUUAUCAACAAGAACAUUUUAACGUUGAAAAUUUUAUUCAUCAAUUUAUUUAUACACCAAUGUUAACUAUUAGUAAUGAUGAAUUAUUGACGAUGAACAAUAAUCUUGAACAAAAACCUAGUAAUAUUAAUAUUACAAAAAAACUAAUGAUAUUCACUCGAACAUCAUCAUCUGUUAUAAGUUUAAAUAAACAAUCAAAACAUUCCUCUUUUCUACACGCUAUCGAUUAG